AGCAGUUCAACUCUUCUCCCAUUGCCUGCACACCAUCUCCCGUCCGACUGGAAGCUCCAGACCAUCUGUCGCAAACCUUUGGUAUCGGAUUGCUGCCUAAAACCGACGUCGCCAAACUUUUUGAGUACAAAUACUGCAUCUACACCCUGAAUCCGAUCGCAUACGUUGCGAACUACCAAAAUGUCGACCUCGAACCUUCUCAAUCGAAAUCUCGACGACAGUGAUGAGGAAGAUGAUAACUUCAACCCCCAACCUGCCGACUUAUCGGAUGCUGAGGGCGGAGACGAUGACGAGGAUGCCGGCGCGCAAAUCCAAAAUGAAGCUUCUAAAGGGCGCGUAAACCAUGAUGAUGAUUCUGAGGAUGAAGAUGGCGAUAAUGGGCGAGCGCGACCUGCGCAAAAUGAUGACGAGGAUGACGAGGAAGGCGGAGAUGAUGACGAUGAGGAAGACGAGGAAGAGGACGAAGACGAAGAGGAAAUCUCAGUAGGUUUUACCCCUCGGGCUAUCAUUUGGGCUGCCAUUGCUGCCUUGCGGAGUUUUAUUCAGAGCUAUGAAUCUUGAGUAUUCUGAAAUCGCGGUCGCUAACCAAUUCUAGGGUCCCAAACGAAAGCGCGUAAAGAGAAGCAAUCGAAAUGUCUUCCUCGAUGUUGAAGCCGAAGUGGAUGAAGACGAAGACGAAGACGAGAAUGAGGAUGAUGAAAAUGAGAUCCGAGAUAAUUUCAUUGCAGACACCCAUCCAGAUGACGAGGCAGAUCUUCCGGCCGGUGGUGAGAUGGACGAUAGACGACAUAGAGAGCUGGAUAGACAGCGUGAGCUAGAAGCUAGCAUGGACGCAGAGCAGCAAGCCGAAGCACUUCGCUUGCGAUACUCCAACAAGAGAGGAAGUGGUAAAGGCCUGGGCGACUCUGAUAUUGUUCCACGACGACUUCUUCUCCCCAGUAUCAAUGAUCCAAGUAUCUGGGCAGUUCGAUGUAAAGAGGGCAAGGAAAAGGAGGCCAUUUUCUCCAUCAUGAAACGAAUCGAGGAAAAAAUGGGCACCAAGGACGAACUUGCGAUCACAUCUGCUUUUGAGAGAGGCGGAACACAAUCAACCAUGAAGGGGUAUAUUUAUGUGGAAGCUCAGCGGGCCUCGGAUAUUUUGACUGCUUUGGAUGGCCUCAUGAAUAUCUACCCACGUACGAAGAUGGAAAUGAUUGAGAUCAAGGAAAUGCCCGACCUUCUUAGAGUUACGAAAACCGCUGCCCUGGAACCUGGAGCUUACGUUCGGCUAAAGCGACCCCCCAAGUACUCUGGAGAUCUUGCACAGAUUAUCGAUGUGACAGACACUGGUUUGGAACUUCGUGUUCGAUAUGUGCCUCGCUUAGAUUAUGGCAUGCAUGAAGAUGUCGGCGCAGGCCCAGAUGGUGGAAAGAGAAAGCGAGUUACAGCGGGUCCUCGACCACCACAGCGACUCUUCUCUGAGGUUGAUGCAAAGAAAAGACACGCCAAAUAUUUGCAAGGAAACCCACAAUCAAAGACCUGGUCAUACCUUGGAGAUGACUACAUUAAUGGUUUCUGUGAAAAGGACGUCAAACUUCAAGCAAUUGACACGAAGGAUGUCAACCCAACCUUGGAAGAAGUGACCAGAUUCGCGAGUGGCCAAGAUGAUGGCACUGAGAAUCUUGAUUUGAACGCCCUAGCUGCAAGUCUCAAGUCGAGUACCGUAAACACAUCAUAUCAACCUGGUGACAUAAUUGAAGUCUACGAUGGCGAGCAAAAGGGGGUUUUGGGUAAAGCCAUAUCCAUCCGAAGCGAUAUUGUCACAAUGGCGGUUUUGGAGGGUCCUUUGAGAGGCAAGACCAUCGAGGUUCCUGUUAAAGGCCUUCGCAAGAGAUUCAGAGAGGGUGAUCACGUCAAAGUUAUUGGUGGCAGUCGAUAUCGUGAUGAAGUUGGUAUGGUGGUCAAAAUUGUCGAAGACCGUGUUACUUUGUUGAGUGAUCACGGAAACGCUGAAAUCACAGUGUUCAGCAAAGAUUUGCGAGAAGCAAGCGACUCUGGUGGCAGUGGUUCUCUUGGAAAGUACGAGCUUUGGGACUUGGUUCAAUUAGAUGCCGCGACUGUUGCCUGUAUUGUUAAGGUUGAUCGAGAGUCGAUGGUCGUUUUGGAUCAGAACAAUCAGACACGAACGGUCAUGCCAUCUCAAAUUUCCAACAAGAUUGAGAAACAACGAGGCGGUGGUAUUGCCACUGAUCGUAGUGGUAAUGAGAUCAAGCUUGAGGAGAACGUCAAGGAGUAUGGAGGAGAGGGCAGAACCGGCAAGAUCAUUCAUAUCCACCGAACCUACCUUUACCUGAAGAGCUCUUCUCAAAGCAAGAACGCUGGCAUCUUCGUUACACGUACGAAUGCCGUCAACAGUAUGGCUGCCAAGGGUGUUACCGCAGUCAAUGCCGGACCUGACUUGACUUCGAUGAAUCCAGCAAUGAAGCGUAACCCUGGAGCUGCCCCUGGUGGAGACAUGCCACCUCCCAAAUCUUUUGGCAGAGAUCGCUCUAUUGGUCAGACAGUCACCAUUCGAAAGGGACCUUAUAAGGGACUACUUGGUAUUGUAAAGGAGACUUCUGACAACAAUGCUCGUGUUGAGCUUCAUACCAAAAACAAGACUGUCAAUGUACCAAAGGAUGCUUUGGCCUUCAAAGACAAACUUACUGGAGCCACGAUUGAUGUCAACUCGAGAGGUGGUAGAGGCGGUUUUACUCCAAGAGGCGGGGGACGAGGAGCUACUCCGCAUGUGGGAAGCGGAUGGGAAGGCGGACGUACGCCUGCGGCUGGCGGUGAUGUUGGUCGAACGCCAGCUUGGGGCAGAGGAAGUAAGUCUUCUUUGCUCUUAUCAUUUCCGAUUUUUACUAACGUAUCUAGCACCUGCUAUGGCCAACGGUGGUGGACGAACCCCCGCGUGGAAAGCUCCUGAUAACAACGGAGGCCGAACCCCAGCUUGGGCUGACGGAUCACGAACUGCCAAUCCUUAUGAUGGUAGUAGAACAUCUUAUGGAGGAGGUAACCGAACUCCAGCUUGGUCUUCGGGAGCCAAAACUCCGUAUGGACAAUCAGGAUUCGAUGCCGGUUCCAAGACUCCUGGUUACUCCGGGGGCGGUGGUGAUUCUUGGGGCUCCAAAACACCAGCCUACAAUCAGCCCACGCCCGCUGCUGAAAGUUGGGAAGCAAAUCAACCUUCUGGUGGACAAGGCUGGGGAGGCUCAAAUCCUUAUGAUGCUCCAACACCCGGCAACCCCAUGUCAGCGCCAACACCUGCUGCUCUGAACGCCCCAACACCAGGCGCCUACUCAGCACCUACGCCCGCCCCGUAUAAUGCACCUACACCUGGAGCGGCACCCACGCCUGCUCCUGGAUGGGGUGGUGCUUGGGGUGCACCUACGCCUCAGGCAAUGGACGCUCCUACUCCCGGUGGCCAACAAGGAUAUUAUGGUGCGCCUACACCUGGUGCUUAUGGUGUGCCGGAAACCCCAGCUGCGAACUGGCAGGACGACGGACCAAGAUAUGUGGAUUAGAUAAUGGAUAAUUGUACGAGGGGAGGGGCGGAGCAUGGUGGGUGCACUAGGGAGGAAAUGUUGUUUGUAUUAGGAAUUUGGGUGGCAUAUGCAUAUUUGCGGGGGAGUUUUUUCUUUUCAUUCUCUUUUUUCCUGAUAUGAUUUUUCAUCCGCAGCCCUUUUUUUAUAAAAAAAAAAGACAAAGGAAAUUAAAAACUGCAACGAGAGGAGAAUCUUUUACUGCUACUUCCUCUCUCUCUUUCUUGCCAGGUGUGUUAACAGGAAUGGAGGGAUUCCAUACCGAUUUUUUAGCGUUGAUUUUCUUUUUUCUUUUUUAGAAUGAGAAUGAGAAUGAAAAUCGAAAUGGAAAUGGAAAUGGGGUGCUUGCUUAAUAUGAU